AUGGAAGAUCUCCUUGAUAUAAAUGUGGAAAGAAACUUUCAUGACAUCACUUACAUCAUAAAUAUUAAUGCCAAUACUGAAAUGCUGACAAUAGAUGUAGAAUCGAAGUAAUCGGGAGAUUCUUGGAUCGCAAACUUUUAAGCAUCCUACAUCGAGGAAAUCACAUCCAAGACUGGGAAUUAUAAGAAAUACCCAACAUUUCUCAAGAUGUUGUAAUCUGCAAUAAAAAAUCAGACAGACACCGUCUAUAUUGACAUUCUCACAUUCUAAGAUCUAGAGCAAAUCAAAAACAAAAGACCCAAAUAAAAUUAAUAGCAAAAUCUGGUCCCAAAUAAUAAACGUUAUUUGAUUCUUAGUUACAUAGUUGAAUUUGAUAAAGUUCAUUAUCCAUUACCUCUCAAUUUUAAUGAGCAGCCCAACAUUUAGCAAAUGAAGAAUACCAUUAUAAGGUUGAGAAAGGAGAAUGAACAAUAAGCAAAAUAAUUGACAACGCUCUUAGAGUCUAAGAAAAACGAAGUUAAUCCUUUGGAGGUGAUAAAUGAACAGAACAAGGAAAUCGAGUUUUUAAAAAAUCUAUUGGAAUAAAAAGAUAGAGACAUUUUGGAACUCAAAAACAUAGUGCAUCAAUAGUCUUCAACAACUGUGAACAAAUAGGAGUAUAUUGAAUUGAGAUCAAAAUACUUGCAAAGUGAAAAUACAAAUGCAGAAAUCACUAAGAAAGUGAUUGAAUUAGAAGAUUGUCUCCAGUAAAUUAUAGAUGAAAAUCAUCUAUUAAAAAACUAAGAUAAAAAAAAUAAAUAGAGGAUAACAUCUUUGGAAUAGGAACUAUAAUAAACUCUAACAAGAUCUAAAACAAAAUUGCAACCGAACAUUUCAAGGUCUCCUUCAACUUCUAAAUCCUCAAAUCAAUUCAAGGUUUCAAGUAGCAUUAACAAAGUAUUAUCGAAAAAGAAAAGUGCAGAGAAAACAACCCCCAUCAGAAUUAGAAAAGAGAGUUUUGAUAGUGAUACUGAGUCCUCUUACAGACGUAAAUCAAAUUCUAAAAGAACAGAUCAGAGUCCAUCUGCAAGGUCGAAUUCUUCUCGCAAAACAUCUUAAAAAUUGAAACAAUCAAAUUCAAAUUUAUUCAAAAAAUAAAAGCAAACGACAACUAAUGAAUCCAGAAAAUUUGAAGAUCCUGAGGAAUAGAGACUUUUAAAAAGAUUGAGGGAUUUGAGAGAAAAAAAUAAGGAAAAUACAAUAGUAACUACUCCAUCUAAUAAAAUGGAAGCCAGUUGUGAGGAUUUGCAUAGUAUUGAUGAAAGAUUAAACAAAUUAAACAAUCUAUUGCAAAGAGCAAAAAAUUAAUGA